AUGACUAAAGGAAAAAGUGGUCAGAAGAGAGCGGAAGGCAGAGUGUUGAAUUUUGAUCAUAUCGUGUUUUGGGUGGCCAAUGCUAAAACUGCAUCGUCAUAUUUCACAACACGAUUAGGCUUUAAACCUCUCGCAGUACGCGAAGCAACAGAAAAUAGAGCUGUGCAGUCGUACGCUGUUAGAUCAAACCAGAUAACCCUAAUAUUUGAGUCGCCAACUUCCAACGGGGGAGAAAUAUCGAAAGAUCUGAUAGCUCACGGCGACUUCGUGAAGGACGUGGCUUUUGAAGUCCAGGACCUUGAUGAACUGGUUCGAAAGGCAAAGGAAGGUGGCGCUGAGGUGAUCAAAGGUGUCACGGAGGAGAAGGAUAAAUAUGGGGUCUUAAGAUAUGUUGUGCUAAGGACGUACGGCGACAACACUCACACACUUAUUGAUCGUAGUAAGUACAAGGGAGUGCUGUUACCAGGAUUUGAACCCGUGGAGAAUGACGUCCUUAACAAAUCGCUACCUGCGACUAAUUUGAUGUUUAUAGACCAUGUAGAAGGCAACAUGGCUGAUGGAACACUUGAAGAUUCUGUAACAUGGUAUGAAAAGAAUCUCAACAUGCAUAGAUUCUGGUGUGUAGAUUAUAAACACGAUUUAGUUCCAUAUUCCUGUAUCAACUCCGCAUCUGUCAUCAACAGAGAUGAAAACGUCCUUCUUUCUAUGAAUGAAGCUGCGAAAGGGUUAAGGCCUACUAGCAAGGCGACCGAGUUUGUGAAGGCACUGGGCACCUCUGGAGUGGAACACAUUGCUUUGUACACGGAUGAUAUUGUUGCUACUAUGCGAAAUUUGAAAGCCCGCGGCGCCGACAUACUGUCAUGGCCGCCGACUUACUACGACUUAAUUCGAGAGAAACUAAAGCAUAGUUCUGUGAAAGUCGCGGAAAGUAUCGAAGAGUUGCAGGAGCAAAACAUUCUGAUUGACUUUGACGAACGAGGGUACAUGCUGCAGGCAUUCACUAAACAUCUGCAAGCCAGGCCGACGGUCUUCAUUGAAAUAUUGCAGAGAAGGAAUCACAGGACCUCUUACACGGACAAGGGUAGAAAACCAGAAGAUGGACGCUUUCUAGCUUUCGAUCAUCUCACAUUUUGGGUGUCAAACGCAAAGCAGGCAGCCAGUUAUUAUGUUACGAGAUUUGGCUUCGAGCCUUUGGCGUAUAGUGGUUUGGAGACUGGCUCAAGAAAAAUAGCUUCGUAUGCCGUCAGAUUGAAUAAGAUUAUCUUCGUAUUACAAGCUCAAUAUGAACCUGAAGAGACAGACUUUGCGAACGAAGUAGCGUACCACGGUGACUUCGUGAAAGAUGUGGCGUUCCAAGUGGAAAAUCUGGACUAUAUCCUGGAGUACGCCAAGAAACAGGGCGCCGUGGUCGUGAAGGAUUUGUGGCAAGAAGAAGAUGAGUUUGGAGUGGUCAGGAUGGCUACUGUGAAGACGUACGGAGACAACACCCACACGCUGGUGGACAGGUCCAAGUACCGCGGACCGUUCCUCCCGGGCUACCAACUACUGAACAGUGACCCUAUCAACAAAUUCCUGCCUAAAGUGGAGAUCAACUUCAUAGACCACGUUGUGGGCAAUCAACCUGACGGACGCAUGGAGGAGGCAGCUUCUUGGUACGAGAGGUGUCUGCAGUUCCACAGAUUCUGGUCAGUGGACGACAAGCAAAUCUGUACGGAGUAUUCAGCCCUUCGGUCCAUUGUAAUGGCCAACUGGGAAGAGACUGUGAAGAUGCCUAUAAAUGAGCCAGCGGCUGGCAAGAGAAAGAGUCAGAUCCAGGAGUACGUGGAGUACCACGGCGGAGCUGGAGUGCAGCACAUCGCUAUCAAUACUGAGGAUAUUAUUACUGCUAUUGAAAAUCUUCGCGCCCGCGGUGUGGAAUUCCUCUCCAUACCUUCGGAAUACUACACGCUGAUCCGUGAACGUCUACAACACAGCAAAGUGAAGGUGGCUGAAAGUAUAGACGAGUUGGAGAGGCUGAACAUCCUUAUAGACUAUGAUGACGAUGGCUACCUACUUCAGAUCUUCACUAAGAACACUCAAGACAGACCUACCCUUUUCUUAGAAGUUAUUCAGAGGAGAAAUCAUAACGGUUUCGGCGCUGGCAACUUCAAGACAUUAUUCGAAUCCAUCGAAUUGGAACAAGAAAAGCGUGGCAAUCUCUAAAUUAUUAUUAUUACGUAGGACAUAUAUAUACUCCUUGUCUGCCAUAUUACAUUAG